GAACGACACCGCAAGUCGAGAAGAUGUUGUCGUGGUUGGUGGCCGUUGCUGUGUCUGCCGCUCUCUGGAUUGCAGGAGAUGGUAGUUCACUGACCAGUGGGUUCCCCACUCUGGAGGAGCUGAUAAGAAAUGGCUCUCUACUUGAGAGAUAUUCAACUCAUGAUGGGGAGAUGAGGUCUGUACCUGGUGUUAGUGUCAGGUCCAACUGCUCUGGCCCCAACAGUCCUCGGAUCAGUAAAAUCACAUUCAUAGCUCUGCCUCGUCUUGAACCCGGUGGAGGUGUGACUGACAUGGCUACACAAAUAGUAAUGAGAAAUGAUGGUGGUGCAGGUGGCCCACCACAUGUUAUUCUGACUAUUAGAGAAACCAUAACGCAACCUUUGGAGAAUUUGGAUAUGAACUGAAUGUGUCAGAAAUGCCCGUGCCACCAGACACCAAUGAUGGAGACGUGUUAGGGAUCAGACACGGAAGGAGUGGUCUGAGACUACUUCACCAGGUGGG